GAGGAGGUGAGGUACCAUGGUAACGGAGAAGGAGCCGGCAGUUUCCGGGUAACCGCUUCCGGCAACCAUGAUUGUGUUAAUGAAGAGGAUUCAUGAUGCCCUACUUAAAAUAAUCUUUUAUUCCUUUGGGUCCAAUAUUGUAAAGCCCAAAGCUUCUGAUGUCCUAACACAACAUUUACUUCAGAGAAAACUGCCCCAUUGGACAUCAUACUUUGUUAAAUACAGCUCUGUGGAAAAUGACCAGUUUGGACUCUCCAAUUUUAACUGGAAUGUCAAAGGGAUCAAUUAUCACAUCUUAAGGACAGGUUGCUUCCCAUUCAUCAAGUACCACUGUUCCAUGGCACCCAGAUGUAACCUGGAACUAGAGAAUACAUUCUUCACUGCAUUGAAAGUUGUUAACUUGGGUAUUCCAUGUUUAGCUUACGGAAUCGGUGCAUGGUUUCUUAUCAGAGUCACUGAGAUUGUUCACACCAGUUCUGGUCCAGUGAACAUCUACUUUCUCUACCAGGAAGAUGAAGGAGCCAUUCACUAAAUCUCAAACUGCUAGCAACUUGUCCUGAAUUCGCAAAAGGAUGAGACUUGAAAGUCUAUUUGAUAACUGAAAAAUAAAGUUAUUUUCUGGUAAUAUAUAAAAAAAAGCCUGCAGAUUUUUUCUGUAAAAGUUUAAAAACGACUGUGUUCUUUAUUGGAAUCUUUCAGUUUUGUAAGACAUAUACAUAUAGUUGUACAGCAUGAACUUUCAAAUGACCACUUAUGUGAUCCUUGAUUCUUUAGCAAGGCGAUCCUUCUUUAGGUGAGCAUUUUAUUGAAUGUAGGGUUGAUUCUUUUCACACCUGAUAACUGCAAACUUUUUUUGGAUGCAAAAGAAAAAUCCCUUCAUCACAACAAUCACAAGCAACCAUCUAUGUCAGUGAAGUUGCCAUUUUUGUUUAAAAUAAAAACAGAAAAUGCUAGAAGUACUUAACAUGUCAAGUGGUAUUUGUGGAGAGGAGAGAAAAACAGUGUGAAGGUUUCAAAGGUUGUGAAUUUUGUUUCUCUCUACUGGUGCUCCCAUGGUACGUCCAGCAUUUUCUGUUUUUAUUUCAGAUUUUCAUCAAUCGCACUAUUUUGGCUUUGCCAUUGGUAACACUGUAAUA